GCAGCAGCGCCAGCCAGAGCACCGCCUGGAUUGGCACACUUGCUCACUUCUGACGGUGUGCCCCAACGGGCUCCAAAGGCGCAAGACAGGCUGCCAUGGUCGGCGCACAUGUUCAUCUGCCGCCGUCGUUCCUCAAUUCGUUUUGGACGCAAGACUACACGACAGGCGUCGAGACUCUCUUCUCGAAGCUGCGCGCAGGUGUCGGCGAAAAUGACGAAAUCCUCGCCCUUGUCAAGGCACGAGCGACACUUCAUCAUGAGCUAGCUGCGCACUUCGGUCAGACAGCUACGCGUGCGCUCGACUCGCGCGGGUUUGGCUAUGAUGACGGAGCGAACCUCAAACUAUGCUACCAAGCCCUGCUCGAUGACACUGACGUACAAUCCCGUAUGCACGAGAAGCUGGCACUCGAACUGGAGAAGAUGGUCGUCUUUCCUUUUGAGAGAUGGUCAGAGGGCCACGCGGAAAGGAUCACCAAGCUCUACAACGACAUCCACUUUGAUCUCAGCAUCUACACGCAACGACUAGCAACGCUCGAGUCUGUCAGAGCGAAAUACGACAAGCAAUGGCAAAUCGCAAACGAUUUCGAUGACGACGCGCGCUUCCAGCCUGGCCGGGACGGCUCCGUCUCUCCAGAGAAGCGAGACACUCCGAUCGCAGGAGAAGGCGUUGCUGGCCUUGCUCGAAUGCUUUCACGUCGCGUAGGCGGCAUCUCACGUCAGGCCAAUGGAUCUAGCCCCAGCCAGGCAUCACCAAUUCAUCCGUCUGUUGGGCCCACUCAGCCCGAUAGAUGGGACAGCGUACGUCUGCAAGCUUCUAAUGCGCUCAACAAGCUCUCCGAAGUCGCCGAGGCUGCCACCGGCGAAUCUGCCGUCGAUACCCAGUCGACGGCUUCAGAAUCGAGCACAGCUGUCGAAUCAGCAUCUGGUUCGGAAGAUACGACUCUCACAGAGACGCCAAAGCUCGUCAAAGGCAAAGAGAGAGCCAUCGAAUCACCUAUGACGCCCGAAGGCAUGCCAUUACAGAAGAAGCUUGACUUUAAGCGCGAUUUCAAUCGCAAGGCAAAGCCUGCACAGUCGCCCGAGAAGGCCAAGCCAGCUUUGCCAGAGCGAGUGGAGAUUGCCGGAGUCAUCAAAACGACAGCAGAAUGGUCCGUCAUCUUCGCAGACGCUGCUGCCAAUUGCCCUUCGACAAGUCACAGAGUCCCCUUACUGGGCACGUAUGAGCACGUCCACACAGGCGACGACCUCGUCAGCUGGUUUCAAAAGACCCUGUCGGGCUUGCAAGGCAACUAUGACGAGACCAUUCGGUUCUGUACUCAGCUCACCGAAGCCUUGGGAGUGCUCAGACUGGUCGGAGCCUUUGGCAAUGCUUUCUACGAUGCAGACGACGCAUUCUAUCAAUGGCGAUCGGAUGCCUUCAACCUCUCCGGUACAGAGACCGAUCUUCCCUUUGACCCACCAGGUCAGCAGUCUUUUGCAUCUCCUGCCAUCGACAACGCAGCCUCGAGUGUAUCAACCGAAGCGACCAACAAUGGUCUCACACGAAGUAACACGCUAGCUGGAAAAUUAUCGUCGGCGAUCUCGGGCGUCGUCACGCCGUCCAAAGCUGGCGAUCGUCUGAGCAAAGCGCAUCGUGCUGCGGACGAGGCAGAGCGCACGUAUCGUGCCCAUCUUCGCAAGCUGGACGAUGCGAGACUCCAGCUCGAGGAGACCAUUUCGUACAGCUACAUCGCCGCUCAAAGAUGCGAACUCGAACGAUUGAAAGCCGUCAAGACAGUCUUGAAUACCUUCAAUGCAACGUUGAGCACAAUCGCGCCUACAGACGAAGCCGCAACCGCCAAAUCCAAAUUGCUACAAGAGGCUUUUCUGCCGGAAGUCGAGCUUGCUGCAAUCAUCGAGCAGCACAAGACAGGACCGUUCAGACCAACGGCUCAUACCUUCGAAGAUCGUUAUCACGACGAGAUUGCCGACAACUUUGGUAUGAGCCUGAUCCGAUGGACCGAAGUAUCGCAGAUUAUGUCAAGCCAAACGGGCGACAUUCCCCCUGUCUUGUCCGCGCUCUUAGCACGGCUCGCAGAGGGCUACAAGACUCUGCCAAACGACAAAGAGCGCCGCAAAGUCUGGCUCUAUGAGGUUCCGCUCAUGCCUGUCCAUCGCUUGCGAGCGAUUCUCAACGAUGCUAGCCUCGAGCCAGACGUGAGCGCAAUCGCCACGUUCGACUUGCCGGUCGUGUGCGCUACCUGCAAGCUCUGGCUGCUCGAGCUUCACGAACCUGUCGUGAGUCACUACCUUUUCGACGACGUCAAGUCGGUCUACCCUGCUGUCGGUGCCGAUACGGUCGACGAUGCAGCGUUGCGUGCAGAAAAGAUCCGACACCUGCUUGUCAAAUUGCCAAAGACAAAUCUUCUCGUGCUCGAUGCGCUGAUUGACCACCUGGCCACAUUGAUCGAAGCAACAGAUUCGGAUAACGAUGACCAUGAUGCUUACCUCACCAAGCUAGGCCUAUCCGUCGGACGCACCUUGCUGAGACCCAAGGUGGAAGGAGCUGCGAGUCUAGACGACAGGACGUCUGCACGCCUUCUCAUUGAUCUGCUGAAGCAGCAAAAAACAAUCUUGCCAGAAGCGAUCGCUAUCCGUACGACACGCGAUCGAGAACAACACAAGCCCAAGCGCAGAAGAACACGCCCUACUGACCAGCGUAUAAGGCGCAGUCUACUCGGGCACGGUUCCUUCGUCGAUACAGAGGAAGACGCAAGCAAUGUUGCCUCGCCUGCCACAUUUGAGCCGAAGCGCAAGGAUACAGGCGAUACGAUCAGACCUCAGCAGGAGCAGGACGCGUCCGUGCCGGAUACGCUUGCACCGCCCGUCCUGGCAUCCCAGGUCACUUCACCUGCCUCUUCGAGCACUUCCUCGUCAAGUACAGAAUUUGUCGAUGCGCUCGCUCCUCAGACUUCGCCGCCUCCUGCUGAGGCUAUGCCGCUGCCGCCGCCCGUUGCAGAAAAAGUCACCCUGGCGCAAGUCAGCGCAGAAGAUCUUGAUCGCCCGCUGAGCUCGUCGUCAAGCUUGAAGCGAAGCAGCAUGAUUCGCACAACACCUCUGACGGUAGAUGGCAAGGCUUCACCGAGAGCACGGGGACCCCGUGUGGGCGGUCCUCGAGUGGCUCCCAACUCGGCCAGCGUGAGCGAUAAGAUCAAGCAGCUCGAACAACGCGAUUGAGUCGGACAUACUUGCGAGACUUGCGAAUGCAUAUGAACAUGGGAACAACACGAGGACUAGUUCACUUUUUGGGCCUACGUCGCGCUUCUUCAUCUUUGAUCGGAUGCAGAAAGAUCUUGUUGGGCGCUGUCGGCAUGUUGCCCUCGUGCCCUUUGUGCCAGUCGUAACCACAUGCCCAUGAGAACCAUCUGCCGGUAGAGCUGUACGCCGUUGCGAGGACCGGCGCAGGUUGGGGGUCGAAGGCU